AUGGAGAGGCCGGUCUUGGACCAGCUGUGCGAGAGGUACUGGAAUGAAUGGGACCAGAUCCGAACCAACGACCCUCAGAAUCCAAACAAUUUUCGAGCGCUUGAAAACAUUUGCCUUUCACCUCGCCUCAGUGCAGUAACCAGCAUAAUCAUCCUUGGACUUGGCAAUGGCGGCACUUACCUGGAGCAAGUGGACAACUGCAACAACCGGCUCCUGGACCGGUACCUCCAGUACAGCCAAAAAGUAUUCUUCACACAAAUAGUAGUCGCCAAAAACCUGGCGAACUUGCUCACACAACGAUUCCGAAUAGGAAUCAACAUAUGGGCCUAUGAUCCACAAACUACCCCUUAUACCUGGGAUUCUCUCCAAUACCUAGGCAUCCAGACGAUUCAGAACAACACAACACGAGACCAGUUAAGAAACUACAUCACUCCCGGCAGUCUCGUCUACGAUGUGACGAGGUCCCCUCACAUCCUUCGCGAAACCGUCGAUUUCACCUGGCGCAACCGUCAUACACCGCCUGCAGCGGUUAUCACGGGAUUUUUUGCUUUGGCAGGGGGAAAUAACGGCAUGGAAGUGGACGCGGACUUCCGCCGCAAAUAUUACUUCGCCUCUCUCAUGAACCUUCCUAACGUUGCAUCGUCACAAGAUCAGCAAACCCAGGUCGAUCUCAUGGUCGGUGGAGUAUACCCCUCGGGGUCGGCGGGCGCUAUCCAGCAAACAAGGGAUGCUCAGAUUGAGGCAAACACGGCGAUGAGAAGGAGUGAGACACAGAGGGUGCUGGAAGCCUACUAUGGUAUUGCAGCCUACCACAAUCGUCUCAUGGACGAGCAUGCUGGACGCAUUGAUCAACUAGCACAAAAUUACCUAAAUCGGGGGCUUUUCUCACGCAACACCGCAGGGCGUCGCGAGGCCCGAAGUCAAGCGGAACGGGACCUUGUGCGGGACUUACCGACCCAGACGAACUCGUAUAUUUACGAUACGGUGAUGAUUCUGAUGUAUCGGAAGUCUAAACAGACCGCAAAUGCGUAG